AUGGAUCUUUUAAAACUAACGAGGGAACGCGAGCAAAUUCGUCGUGUUUUUAGCCGUCACGAAACAACGGCAGUUAACACAGUCGAUCUUGAGUUCCUGAGUGAGAAGAUGGACAAGCUGUCAUCAUUAGACAAAGCCAUUCAAAAUGAAAUGUUAAACGCUGAAGGCUUUGAAGAAACGAAGUAUCAAAACGAGUGCGACAUUUGCGAUAAUUAUAGAAAAAGAUGGUAUCAAUUGAAAAACAGGCUAAACAAUCAGGAUGGAGAGGAUACCACAAAAACAAAUAGAAGUAACCUAAAAUUACCAAAGUUAGAGCUUGUACAAUUUGAUGAUAACCCUAAGUCCUGGUUAGGGUUUUGGAGCCAGUUCAAGAAAAUACAUGAAGACGCAAAUAUAGAUUCAGAAACAAAAUUCCAGUAUCUGAUACAGGCUAUGAAAAAUAACAGUAAGGCGAAAAGUUUUGUCGAAAGUUACCCACCAACAAAAGAAAAUUACAAUAUAGCAGUGAAGACACUAAAAGACCGAUUUGCAAAAGAAGAUAUAUUAAUUGAAAUCUAUGUCCGAGAACUACUUUUACUCGUUAGUACAAAAAAUUCUGUAUCAAUUGAUUGUCUCUAUGACAAAAUUGUAGCUAACUUACAAAUUUUAGAAUCCUUAGGCAUAUCAAAAGAUAAAUAUGAAUGUAUUCUUUUACCUAUGAUAGAGUCUGCUCUUCCUGAGAAUCUCUUGUUAGCAUGGGGUAGGGUUCCAAAUAAAGUGGGGGAAUCUAGGCUCAGUAAUUUACUGCACUACUUAAAAACUGAAGUUGAGGCAGAGAGUAGGGUAAUUAUAGCCAAAACCUUUUUUAAUGAUUCAUCUGAAGUGGUUCCAACAGCAGGUUGUUUAGUGGCGGUAAGUAAGCAGGCAAAGGAGAAGAGUGAAGAGAGAUAUCCUGCAAAAGAAGGUCAAAAUAAAGAAAAGGCUGUAAGAGCAUUGCUUGACUCUGGAUCACAGAGAACAUAUGUAAGGUCCAGACUGGCAGAAGAGCUUGACCUGCAGGUAACAAAACGGGAGACAUUAUCGCACUCACUAUUUGGUGGUACCAAAAAGGCGACGCGUACUCACAGAGUUUUUAACUUUCAAGUAAGUAAUUUGGACAAUACAUACACAACUAGAAUGACAGGCCUCGAAGAAGAUGUACUAUGUGGCUACCUGCCAAAGGUAGAAGAUACAGGUCUGAUUGACAAGCUAAAGAAUCUUCAUAUCUAUCUAACUGAUGCUGAUAGGGAUGUGGCUACUUUAAGGGAUAUAGAUAUACUAAUUGGUUCUGACUACCUAGGCUGUAUAUUAGAUAAUAACCUUGUGCAUGUCACUGACAACCUUGUGGCUAUUAAAACAAAACUUGGGUGGACCUUACAAGGACCAUUACAGACAUCCCAUGGAUUAAGAAAGGUAGUCCACACAAAUUUUGUAACAGCAAUACCAGAUAUAGAUAAUUCUUUAGAGUUCUUAUGGAAUAUAGAAACAUUAGGUAUAACAGAUCCUUAUAAUAAAAAGAAAAAUGAUAUAUGUACUAACAUUUCAGUCAAUCAAGAAGGACGUUAUGAGGUGCCUUUACUGUGGAAAGAAGGGUAUCCUAAAGUAAUGUCAAACUAUGAAGUAGCACAAAAACGAUUAAACAGUUGCACAAAGAAAUUGUGGUCGACAGGAAAGCUUAAUGACUAUCAUAACAUCUUUAGAGAUUGGGAAAAGGAAGGUAUUAUAGAAAAACUUGAAGAUGAGGAAAAGGAAGGACACUAUCUACCACAUCAUGCAGUUAUUAAGUUGGGGAGUACCACAACAAUAAGACCCGUCUUUGAUGCUUCUUCUAAGGAUAGAAAUGGAUUAUCACUGAACAUGUGCAUAGAGAAAGGAACAAACCUAAUAGAACUCAUUCCAAAAUUAUUACAUUUGUUUAGAGUUGGAACUUAUGGAGUUAUAUCUGACAUACGAAGAGCAUUUUUACAGAUAUCUGUCUCACCUGAAGAUAGAAAAUAUUUGAAGUUCUUGUGGUGGAAUAAUCCAGAAACCAAAGAUCAGUGGGACAGAAAAAGAGAUAAUUUAAGCUGCAAUUUAAAUCUAAAAACUGUACCUAAUAGUAUAACAAAAAGAGAUUUGUUAUCAAUAGCUCAACAGAUAUUUGACCCAAUAGGUUUCUUGUGCCCAGUCACACUAGUGCCUAAACUCAUUAUACAGAAGGCUUGGUUAUUAAAUACUGGAUGGGAUUCAAGAAUUCCUAUAGAACUAGAAAAAGAAUAUAAGGAUUGGGUAUGUACAAUUAAAUAUCUUCAGCAGUGCAAUAUACCACGUAAAAUAACAGAUUACCCUUUGCAGGAAUGUAAUGUAACAGUGCAUGUUUUCUGUGAUGCAAGUAAAGAUGCAUAUUCUGGUUGUGUAUUUCUAAGAACAGAACACAAAGGAGAGGUUACAGUGCGACUUAUUGUAGCUAAGAGCAGAGUUGCACCCAUCAAAAGACAGAUGACACUACCAAGACUGGAGUUGAUGGGGGCUCUCAUGGCAUCGAGACUAUAUCAUGAAAUUUUAGUAUCAGGUUUAUUUAAAACAUGUAAAGAAUACAAAGUUUACUGUUGGACGGAUUCAGCUGUCGUAUUGGCAUGGAUUCAAAGACAAGAUACCUGGAAAAUUUUUGUGACAAAUAGAAUAAAAGAGAUAUGUACAAACACUAAUAGAGAAGAUUGGAAACACUUACCUGGUAUGUACAAUCCUGCUGACUUACCUUCACGUGGGUGCGACUCGAAGACACUGAUGGAGAGCAGGUGGUGGAUAGGACCAAAAUGGUUGUACCUAGAACAGAGUAACUGGCCAAAGUCCAUUAUCAAUUACACAAAAACAGAAGAAGAAAUUAUCAGCAGUGAACAGAAUACAAAAGUAGCAGUUAAUGUGGAGGUAACUACAGAGAUCUUCAGUGAUCGCUUGCUAUACUUCAAUCAGUACCAUAAGAUAGUAAGGUUAGUCGCCAAAUUAUUAAGACUACAUCCUAGAAUUAGAAAAACAUACAAUGUGAAUUCAAAAUAUAUAUCUUAUGAAGAAUAUUUACAUGCUGAAAGAAUUCUUAUAAAAAUGAUACAGAAAGAAAACUACUCAGAAAAAUGUAAUAUAGAAAAGAAACUCUCUACCAUAAAAGAAGAAGGGAUUGUAAAAGUUAAAACAAGAUUAGAUUACAGUGGAGAAGAUAAAGAUUUUAUACACCCUAUUUUACUACCAAGAAAUAAUAUAAUAAUACAGAGAAUGGUAGAAGAACGUCACAGAAAGUUGAAUCAUGCAGGUACACAGACUUUACUUACUGAUAUAAGAAACUCAUACUGGAUUACCGGAGUUAGAAGGUUAGUAAAGAAUGUUGUAUCAAAGUGUAUUAUCUGUAAAAGAUACAAAGCUAAACACUAUCAAGUUCCAGAACCACCAUUGCCGGCAGAUCGAUUGAAAACUGCUGCUCCAUUUGAGGUGACCGGGAUAGAUCUUGCAGGGCCGCUAUUUCUGAAAAGUAAAGAAAAGUGUUGGAUUGUACUUUUCACUUGUGCUGUUUACAGAGCAGUACAUCUGGAGCUUACAGAAUCACUUUCCACUAACAGUUUUCUAAUGGCCUUGCGCCGAUUUAUCGCCAGACGUGGCAGAGUUAAGAUCAUCUAUACAGAUAAUGGUACGAAUUUCCUGGGUGCGGCUAACCUGCUUAAUGAAAUCAACUGGAAAGAAGUCGAAGAGACCUCUAAUAUAUACAAGAUCCAGUGGAAAUUUACAGUACCAUCAGCUCCUUGGUGGGGAGGAUGGUGGGAACGUUUAAUAAGAGUUGUUAAAGACAUGCUAAAACGUAUCCUGGGUAAAGCAUCAGUAGAUUGGAUAGAACUGUCUACUAUUUUAUGUGAUUGCGAAAUAGUGAUAAACAGUAGACCACUGACAUAUGUAGAGAUGGGUGACUUGAAACCACUCACACCCAUGCUGUUUCUGCAGAGCCUACCAACUAAUGAAUCACCAGACCUCGACAAAAUAGAUGAAAGUAAUCUACAAGUUCGCUAUAAAUAUUUACAACAACUUAGACAAGAUUUUAGACAAAGAUUUAAAAACGAAUAUUUAGCACUACUAGUAAGUAAGAAGAAGGGAAAUAGUCAUGAACCAAAGGUAGGAGAAUUGGUACUUAUAGAAACAGAUAAAAGUAGACUUAAUUGGCCGUUAGGUUUGAUAAAAGAAAUUUACAAAGGUAAAGAUGGCUUCACCCGAGUGGCUAGAGUUCAGACUGCAUCUGGAAUAAAGGUAAGAGCUUAUCAAAGAUUAUAUCCUUUAGAGCUUUCUACUAUCUCACAAGAUUGGAUGGACAAUAUUCCCACAGCUAGAGCUGAUAAACAGAAUCAUCAAAAGGAAGACGAAUUUGUAGCCGCCAUGGGCCAAUAUUCUAUAGACAUUGUGGCAAUAAAUGAGACGUGGAUUAGAGAGGGGAGGAGGCCUGUGCGCCGUUGGUACCAGAUUAUCGCUUGCGCCAUGCCCCGCGACCCGACGCAGUGCGCGGAGGACGUGGUGGGGGUUAAUUAUAUACCUGAAUUAGGUGCUCAUGCAUUGAUAUCAGCGGAGCUAUCUUUAAAUAGAGUUAAACUAGUACCAUACUGUACUACAUACAGACCUCUAAAGAAUAUAAUAAUAGAAAAAUUCAAUAAAGAUUGCAACAGCAUAGAUUGGAAGUAUAUAGAGGGACUAGCUGAUGUUAAUGAAAUGGUUGUAGCCUUCAAUAAUUUUAUGCUUGGAUUAUUUGAUCUCCAUGCUCCAGUGAAAACACUGACAAUUAAGCAUCCUUCUCCUCCAUGGUUGACAGACACACUGCAACAAAUGAUGAAGAUCAGAGACGACAGCCAUAAAAGUGCUGAUAUCAUUGAUUGCAUGCAGCAUUGCAAAUAUCCUCUUUAUGCAGAUGAUCUGCAAUUGUAUAUUGAUUGUCACCCGAAGAAUACACUGGACAGUAUUAGAAAAUUAAAUGAAGAUCUAGAGAGAAUGCAACAUUUGGACCUUGUCUUCUUGCAAGAUCAGAGCGCUUAA